UCUUGGAUAUGAUUCUGUUUUGUUAAUUUGAUGUUCAAUUUGGAAGAAAGCGUAUUGAGGAACAAACGACGAAAACAAAACAAAAUUAUUCAUACUUGAUCAGAUAAAUUAUCAUAAAGCUGUUUUUGUUUAUAAAUACAAGGAAGUUUGUACAAUGGUAAGUGUUUUUGACGUGUCUUAUCGUGUUUUGAUGAAGGAUCGUCCAACGCAGUCACUUARGUAAAAACUGAUCAAAAAACGAUAAUGGUGGUCUUGAUAUUACGAUAUCUAGUCAUCUAAAUGAAAGGAGAGAGGUCCUCCUCUAUUUUAGGUGUCUAGUUAUCAUGCAAAAGAUUUAGGCUUAAAAUGGAAUACUUAAACAUCGCUAUUCAUAAAAUCCCCGUGAAUCGACACUUGAUAUGCUUUGGAUUGAAACUCAGUGUUAUUAACAAAUCAAACAAAUCAAACGUUACGCUAAGAAACCUUUAAUAAGACAAGUCACUCUAGUAUAAUUGUCUGGUAAAAAAAGAGUUUGGAUUGACACAUACCAUAUUGGCAUUAUGAUCAUAAAUAGAUAUGCUUGAUUGCGACAAUUAAUACAUUCCGUAAUAAACGUGAUGUGACGAUUACACCUGAUAUACCUGCAGCCUCCGUCCAGGCGGCGUCGAACAUCAUAUAAACGGCUUGUUCUGCUUGCCAAUGGUCACAUUUUCUAACAGUUUUGAUUGGUGUAUUUUGACAGAGAUUGGUAUUUCAAAUAGUGCCGAAGUGACGAGCAAAAAGAACCGUUCUUUCUCUUCUACUGCAACAUCCGCAUCACAAACCAACAAAUACGAUUCCUGUUUGCAUUGAAAAUCAACAUCACUAAUUGGGAACAUAAAGACAGUUAAACCACAAAUUACUGGAAGAGAUUAUUAUUGCUGGUCGCCACACGUUAAAAAAAGAUCUGAUUAAAUCAAGCUGAAGAAAAUCUACRUAAGAUAUACCGGAUCGUACAGAAGAGCAUUCAAUUUAACAAUGUCGCUUGCUAAUCUUACCAACAACACAAUAUACGACCCUUGUGGUAUUCCAACUCUUCCGUCAUAUGCAGCACAAGUCGCGUUUUUGUUUGUUAUUUUGAUUGUCACUAUUAUUGGUAACUUUGUCGUUUUUAUGACCGUCAUAUUGACUCAUUCUCUUCGAGUUUUUACCAAUUUUCUUGUAGCGUCACUUGCCGUUAGUGAUCUUUUGGUUGGCUCCAUUUCUCUUCCGUUUCGUAUUCAUCAAACAAUCCAUAACACUAAAUGGUGUCUUAGCGUUGGUGCGUGUAGAUUCUGGAUUUGUGCUGAUUUAUUUUGCUGUUGUGCUUCCGUGGGAAAUCUUUCUUUGAUUUCAAUUGACAGAUUUCUGGCAACAAAAUAUCCCAUGAAUUACCAUGAAAUACUUUCUAAGAAAACACAAGUGAUCAUGAUAUCAAUAGUUUGGCUCUACGCUAUUAUUGUAGCAUCUGUGGGACUUAAAAGCUGGACAUUCCCUAACCUUCCUGCCGUACAGAUCAACGAUGCGUGUUUCAAAAACGACCCGUACUUCUAUACAUUCGCUGCUUGUGUAGGAUUCUUUUUACCUCUAACUGUCGUGUUAGUGGCGUACUCAUACGUAUUCAGAGUAUCUGUAAGUCAUUGGCGCGCGAUAAGACGUCUAACAGUUCCUUCUAUCGACCUUAAUCAGACUAGUCAACGACGAGCUUUAACCCGAGAAAUCAAAGCAGCCAAGACGUUGGCCGUCGUGGUUGGCGCGUUUGUUGUUUGUUGGGCACCUUUUUUCAUCAUUUUACUGGCAAGGUUUUGGUGCACAACGUGUUUUCAGAGUAACAAUAAUUCUACGUUGAGCGGAUUCUACACGUUUGUCAACAUAGCAUUCAUAUAUACCCUGCCCAAUAUUAACAGUACUCUAAACCCUUUUAUCUACGUUAUAUUUAGCAGAAAAUUAAGGCAAGCCUUUAUACGACUCUUUAAUGACAUCGUAAACAGAAUCCGUGGAAAUAAUGAUGAAAUUGCCUUAACUGGUAGAGGACAUGACAACAAUGGCUGUCCUACAAAUCAUGCAUCAGAGGCUACGAUUGAUGGCGUGCAAACCGUUGGUAUAUCUCCACUAUAAGAACAGAGUACAUAUAGUACAUGAAACAAUAAGAAUUUAGACUUUCAAGUCACCACUGAAAGUCAGUCUCCAUUUUAAUCGGUUUACUUUAGGGAACGUCGAAUCUCACAUGUGCUGAGUUAAAUUUCAAUGAAAAACAGAAGUAAUACAUAUGUGUAAAUGAUUUGCAUUUUCUUUCAUUGAAACCUUUGUUUCGCGAGGUAGUUUAAUAUAAAAACAGGUUCGUGGAUAAACUAAAAAAAGGAUCACCACAUGUUGUGAAAUUAAUUAUCAAGUUUGAAGCCAUUUUAUUUUCUGGAGAAUAAUUCGAUUGACUGACGGUCGGUGGACUAAAAGCUCUUUUAUUUUGCAACACAAAUUGAAUCAAGUAAGACGACGUGAGCUUUAGAAACAUUUCUUUGGCUGCCGACAGUUAUGUACACUAAUUAUUUAUCAGAGUUGGUCCGACAAAUUAGUAUUAGAAAUGGAAAUAUGGUUUUAUUUGGUAGAGUAGCGAAUGAUCUUUACCGCAGGAAGACUACCAGACUCUUACAUCCCUUCUUAAGGAUAAGAUUGACAUUGUUAGUUUGUGUCUAUUUUGCCUCACUAAAAAGAAAAGGCAGAACAAAAUCUCUUUUUUAUUAAAAACUAAUCAAGAUAUC